AUGAUCGUCAUCAAAAUCCCAGUAGACGGCAGCGUUUCGCUGCCACCAGAGCCACGACCUCGUCUCACCUUGCAAAACGCUGCUGCUUCUCGUUCCGAUCACUCUUCCUCCUCCUCUUCUUCCGGCUCCAACACGCCUAUGUCCAGCUCCGGGUCGUCAUCUCGGCGUCUCUCUCGUCGCGUUCAGAGCAUGGCUGUUGCCAAUCUGCUGCGCGAAGACUCUCCAAAGCCAGCUAAGUCCGUCGCCUCUCAGUCCGCCGCAGCAAGCACUUCCACCACGUCGGACCUCAAAGCACUCAAGUACGAUCUCCCCGCCGACAUUGCCGUUCCGCCUUUCGCACAGCCUUCCAAGGAUGUCGACCGCGACCUAGCCCGCCUGUACGAGGCUGUAUCUGGUGCACGCCGUAUUGCCGUCAUCUGCGGCGCCGGUAUCUCGGUCUCAUCCCCGGCCAACAUCCCCGACUUUCGCUCCGCCCACGGUCUAUUCAAGAAGCUCAAGGAAAAGCAUCCGACUGCUGGCCUCUCUUCCGGCAAGGACCUCUUCGACGCACGCCUCUUCAGCUCGGAGUCCACUUCGGCCCUUUUCUACUCGAUGGUUGCAGAGCUCAAGAGGCUCGCCGACGAGGCAGAACCCACCAUCUUUCACCGCUUCCUCAAACGCCUCGAUGACGAAGGUCGACUGCAGCGCGUAUACACCCAAAACAUUGAUGGUCUCGAGGAGAAGGCCGGCCUCACUUUCGGGCUUGGCGAGGCUGGCGAUUCCACCACCACCGUGAGAGCCCUCGGCAAGCGCAAGAGGCUCGGCUCGGCUGCCUUUUCGCGCUCCAAGUCCGACUCGCACCUUCUCUUUGCCCAGCAGCGCCGGGAGCAGGAAGAGCAAAAGGCGCUGGCAGAAAAACCCAUGUUCCCUCGAACCAUCCCGCUUCACGGCACUUUGCAGACGCUCACGUGCGCCCUUUGCAACCACAAGCUCACGCUUGGCAACACGGUCCACCACCAGCCGGAUCAUCGAGACAUGUCGCCUUCCUCCCGCGAAGGGUCCGCUUCCCUCGGUCAUGAGGAGAGCAAACAUGCCAUGGAGCUACUUCAAAACGGCGAGCCCGUCCCCUGCCCGCGAUGUCAGACUGCCGACGAGGUGCGUACUUCCAACAACAUGCGGUCCCGCGGUGUGGGCAGGAUGAAAGUCGACAUUGUACUUUAUGGCGGUCAGAACGAGGGGGCCGAACGCGUCGGCCAGUGUCUUCAGCGCGACAUUCUCGGCCUUCGAGAUCCCAACGAGCCCCCAGUACCCGAAUCCGCUGCAGAGACGCGCGCUCGAGAACGCAAAGAGGCCAAAGAAACUGCCAGGCUUGAUCUCGAGUUGCGCCAGCAGCAGCUGACCACUGUCAAAGAGGAGGGGAACAGGAUCAAAGCCGACACCAGUGUCGACUCGGAAGGCGUCGUCGAUCUUCAGCUGGGCACCUUGUUACCUGCAGAAGACUCCAAGGACAACAUUUUGGCAAGGGCAUUUGCCGAGGAAGCGGACGACAAGGGUGCAGGCAGCAACAGCAGCAGCGCAUCGUCCACACUAUCUUCGCAGCUUGCUGCAGCUUCGGCUCGGGGUGUCACCAUUGCCGAGCCCGCCAUGCCAUCAAAGAAGAAGGCAUCGCGCCCUCCACGGCUCAAGCCGCUACCGCCCGAUCUUCUCAUCGUCGCCGGCACCAGUCUCAAGGUCCCAGGCACCAAACGAAUCGUCCGCGAAUUCGCCAAGGCGUGCCACGCCCAAGACGAGUGGCUCAUCUACUCGUCCGAGGACGAGGACGAAAGCAGCACCGCUGAAGAUGGUCCCGGCAAGAAGCGGACUAAGGAUUCUAGAGCAGCAGGAGACAAGUUAGGAAGAGAUCGACGCGCCAACGGCACAUCAGCUGAUCUUGUCGAUGAUGUCGAUGGAGAAGAGGACGAAGAGCACGAGAUUCACGAUCCUACGUGUCCCAUUCGCACCAUCUUGUUCAACUACGACUUUCCUAAUCCUGCGCGCGAAUGGGAAGACGUCUUUGACGUGUGGAUCCAGGGAGAUCUUCAACGUGCUGCGCUUUCACUCUUCCCUCCCAAACACGUGGACGACGAUGCUUCUGCCGAAGCAAAGGCGAUCGAGCAGAUUGUGGGCAGCCAUACCUGGGCCAAGUUCAGAGAUUAUCUCGAAGAACAGCGCAAGCUCGCCAAGAAGGAAAAGAAGAAAGCGGCUGUAGCGGCUACGGUGGGGAGUCUGGGCUCGAGGAAGGGAAAGCUGGGCAGGACCAUGUCGGCCGCGGCCAAGAUGGAAGGUGCAGGGGUUGCGUCGUCGGCCGAAUCGACGCCAGCUCCCGCAACGAGCUCGCAGGCGGAAUCGAAGGCGGCGGCUAGGGUGAAAGCGGCGAAAGCGAGGAGCAGGUCAGAGUCGCCUGCCAAGAAACGUCCGACUGUCGGCAAGAGCGGUGGCGCCAACGGGCAAAAGAGCAACGGACUCAAGCGGAGCAACAGCAAGAAGAACAACCCUUUCUUGGCGGCUAACCCGGAGCCUUCGAACUCAACUGUUACCGUGGACAUUGCAACGAUUACUGAGGAAGGAGAAGAAGAAGAUGAAAGACCUGGACGUUCGCAGGGAAAAGGGGAUGACGAUGGCACACGACACAACAAGAGGAUGAAGGAGCAGCUGCCAUCGUCGGUAAGUGAUAAGCUGGCUGCUCCUUCAUCUAGUCAACGCAAGGCUGGCUGGUCGCGCAGCGUCACCCUGCCUGAAGCAAGCCCGCAGCUCACGGUCCUCAUUGAGAAUCAGGCUGUAAGCAACCGAGGCGGAGCAAAGGGACAGAGGCAGCAGCUGAGCGUCAAGGAUGUUGGGGUGGGUGUCAAGCCUUCGACGAUGUAUGCUGCACAGACCAGUUUGAUGAAGGGGAGGGGGAAGAGGAGUCAUACGAUCGGUGCGGCAGGUGCGUUGGGGCGAAAGGCCGGGUGGGCGAGGACGCAGAGCGAGACCGCUGCUUGUCUUUAA